AUGAAUGGAGCCCCUCCACAAGUGAAAUUCCCCAAUACCGAAACAUUCCAGGGCUUCAACAAACCAUCUCGUUUGGAAGGCGAUGUCUUUGACUGCGAGGUAGAUGGAGAAAUUCCCGCCGAUAUCGAUGGCACUUUCUACCGCGUACAGCCAGACCAUCGCUUCCCUCCAAUGUUCUCCGAUGACAUCCACUUCAAUGGUGACGGAAGCGUGAGCGCAAUUCGUAUCGCCAACGGCCGAGUGGACUUCAAGCACCGCUAUGUCCAAACAGACCGCUACAAAGCUGAAAGCGCAGAAAGAAAAUCGCUAUUUGGCAAGUACCGGAAUCCAUUUACAGAUAACCCAUCUGUAAAGGCAGUCAUCCGGACAGCAGCCAAUACAAACGUGUUCUUCUGGAGAGGAGCCCUCCUGGCCACAAAGGAAGAUGGUCCUCCGUUCGCAAUGGAUCCAGUUUCCUUGGAAACAAUCGGACGUUAUGACUUUGACGGCCAAGUGCUAUCUCCUACCUUUACUGCGCACCCGAAAUUCGAUCCGGUCACUGGAGAAAUGGUCUGUUUUGCUUAUGAAGCUGGCGGGAAUGGAAAUGACGGAUCUUGCGACAUUGUGGUAUACACCAUCGAUUCUAAUGGUAAAAAGACGGAGGAAGCUUGGUAUAAAGCGCCGUUUUGCGGCAUGAUCCAUGAUUGCGGGUUAUCCGAAAACUACUUGGUUCUACCUAUGACCCCUCUGAAGUCCUCUCUCGAUCGGAUGAAGAAAGGAGGACGACACUGGGCAUGGGACCCGAAUGAGGAUCAGCUUUACGGCAUUGUACCAAGAAGAGGCGGAAAGCCGGAAGAUAUUGUAUGGCUCCGAGCAGACAAUGGUUUCCAUGGGCAUGUAGCAGGAUGUUACGAGAACGAGGAAGGGAAAAUCGUUUUCGACCUCUCUGUUGCUUCGGGAAACGUUUUCUUCUUCUUUCCCCCAGAGGAUACAAUGGCUGGGACAGUGGCAGAGAGAAACAAAACAGCGAAUGAGACUGUUCGCUGGGUAUUCGAUCCCAAUUCGAAGAGUGACACGCGCGUCACGCCCUCCGAGGUCAUGAACACCGUCAAUGGCGAAUUUUCACGCAUCGAUGACCGAUUCGUUACAAAGAAGUAUCAGCAUUUCUGGCAGGCAUUGAUUGAUCCAAGUCGGCCGUACGACUUUGAAAAGUGCGGGUCACCCGCAGGAGGUUUAUUCAACUGCUUGGGUCAUUUCACCUGGGAUAAGAAAGUGAGGGAUAUAUAUUGGGCGGGACCAACAGCUACCUUCCAAGAGCCCACUUUUAUCCCGAAAGAUAGCGGCAUUGAAGGCGAUGGGUAUAUCAUCGCGUUCCUCAAUCACCUUGAUGUCUUACGAAACGAUAUUGUGAUACUGGAUGCCCAAAAUUUGAAGGACGGUCCCAUUGCCACUAUCCAUCUACCAUUCAAGUUACGCCUGGGGCUUCAUGGAAACUUUGUCGACCACAAAGAUAUAGCAGCAUGGCAAAAGCGACGACAAGAAGAGAGUGAUAUUGGACCUGUGCGUGCGGCCACUGAGCCGCUCCCAUGGCAGAAACAGUAUGUCUCAUAG